CUCGGUUGUCAUAUCAGCUGAUUGCGUCAUUGCAUUAAAACAAUAACGCAAAAACAAAAAACAAGUCGUAAUAAUCAAAUUGGGGUUCGGCUACGUCGUUUUGCAAAUUACAGUGAGUUAAUUGAGCGAAAAUGAAAUUUCAAUAUAAGGAAGAACACUCUUUCGAGAAAAGGAAGACAGAAGGAGAAAAGAUACGCAGGAAAUAUCCGGAUCGUGUUCCUGUCAUUGUGGAGAAAGCACCCAAAGCUAGACUGGGAGACCUCGACAAAAAGAAGUAUUUGGUGCCAUCUGAUUUAACUGUGGGGCAGUUUUACUUUUUGAUCCGGAAGCGCAUUCAUCUACGUCCAGAAGAUGCUUUGUUCUUUUUCGUGAACAACGUAAUACCACCUACAUCUGCUACAAUGGGGUCGCUCUACCAGGAACAUCAUGACGAAGACUUUUUUCUUUAUAUUGCAUUUUCCGAUGAAAAUGUUUAUGGAUAUUAAUAUUUGUAUUUAAAAUUCACUAUAUUAUCUAUCAUAUGUCAAGUUUUCUAGCCAUAUGGUUUAUUUAGUUAUAAGGCUUAGCAAUAUUGAUGUAUUAUGUUUUUGAAGGUGAUAAUUGAAUUUAAUUUGCGAUUCCAUCUCUCAACUUUGUAAAUGCAAUUUUAUUAUAGUUAUAGAAAAAUAUCACAUACUUAUCAUGGGUGAAAGGAUUCCAUUUUUCAAUUUCUUUGUUUUGUUAAGAGUGUAACAAUUUCUGCAUUAAACAAUAAAUAUAUUUAAAAUGUA